AUGGCGGGCCGAAUCCAUCGCGUCACCAUGUUCAAGAUUGCAGACGAGGGGCAGAGACAGGGCCUGAUUGAGCAGUACAAGAUCUUGGGGGAAAACCAGAAGAAGGACGGGAAGCCGUACAUCCUCUCCAUGGUCGUCGGCCCCGCCAUCGACGACCCGCGCAGCCAGGGCUACACCGUCGUCUGCAAGACCGAGUUCGCCUCGCUCGACGACAUGCGGUACUACGACGACGAGUGCGCCGCUCACGGCGCCAUCAAGGUCUUUGUCAAGGAGAACGUCGACGUCACCGGCAUUAUGUCCGUCUACUUUGAGCCCCAGGCCGUGGCCCAACUGUGA